AUGGCCGAGCAGGAGCCCACCGCCGAGCAGCUGGCGCAGAUUGCGGCCGAGAACGAGGAGGACGAGCACUCGGUCAACUACAAGCCCCCGGCCCAAAAGAGCAUCCAGGAGAUCCAGGAGCUGGACAAGGACGACGAGAGCCUGCGCAAGUACAAGGAGGCCCUGCUGGGCCGCGUGGCCGUGUCCGCCGACCCCAACGUCCCCAACGUGGUGGUGACCCGCCUGACGCUCGUGUGCAGCACGGCCCCCGGCCCCCUGGAGCUGGACCUGACAGGUGACCUGGAGAGCUUCAAGAAGCAGUCCUUUGUGCUGAAGGAGGGUGUGGAAUAUCGGAUAAAGAUCUCUUUCCGGGUGAACCGCGAGAUCGUGUCUGGCAUGAAGUACAUCCAGCACACAUACCGGAAAGGCGUCAAGAUCGACAAGACUGACUACAUGGUGGGCAGCUACGGGCCCCGGGCCGAGGAGUACGAGUUCCUGACGCCCAUGGAGGAGGCGCCCAAGGGCAUGCUGGCCCGCGGCAGCUACAACAUCAGGUCCCGCUUCACGGACGACGACAAGACUGACCACCUGUCCUGGGAGUGGAACCUCACCAUCAAGAAGGAGUGGAAGGACUGA